UAAUAUUGAAAUUGACUACGUAUACGGUUUGUUGCUGUAUUAAGAAAAUUAAUAUAACUGCAUUAUAUAUUUUUUAAGUUUUUUUGCGAAAAUGAGUGUUAGAGUUCUUUUCAAAAUGGUGCGGUACGCACUCACCACACGCAUGAGUAAACGCUGCCUUAGCUAUUAUAAUCGUUUCAUGGGACCAGCUGUUGGAGGUGUAGGAAACUCACAUGGCAAUCGUAAUGAAGACGCGUACUUUAAUGAACAGAGCAUCAAUCAGUUUCGCAAAAUCAAUAAAGACGGAUGCAUAGUAAAGACGCCAACGGAUUGGAGAGAAUAUGAAAGGUGCUUAAAUGGUGGCAAUACCUGUUCUGAAUCCACCUACCGCAACAAACAUAAGAUACUGCAAGAGGAAGCAUUCUUCCUAACCGAGCAAAAUGAAUGCAAAAAGUCCAUGACGAAGAAAAAGUUGGAGAAGUUGCGAGAAUCACAUUGUAAUGAAGGUGAUGCUUUAAGCGCCGAUGAUGAUUCCAAAGAUAAACUAUCAUAACCUCCAUAAAUGAAAACUAUUAAAAAUACAUACAAUAUAAUAUUAAAUAUAUGUAUAUGUAUUAAAUUUAAUACACAACAAAAUUAAAUUUAAUGCAUAUAUAUAAUUUGAUAUAAGUAUUGUGUGUUUUUAAUGACGAAGAAGCGAUGGGUUUGGAGUUUGUUCGUUCCAAAUUAUAUGUCCACAAGAAAAGUUGUUGUAAUAUAUAUAUUCAUGAAUGUAUAUAUAUAUAUGUAUAUAUAUAUAUAUAUAUUUGAUGGUCAUUAUACAUAUGAAUUAAAUCCAAUGGAAUGGAAUUUAGUUGUUACAAAAUUACUGUCUAUUUAAAAUGUCCUGUUUUUGAAAUGUAUUUACAUAUAUACCAUUUUUAUAUAUGUAUUAAAAUUAAUAUGCAUACGAAUUAAAUUCAAUACAUAUAUUUAAUUGGAUAUGUAUAUCAUUCGCUUUCGGUAGCUGUGAUGGAUUUAGAUGAAAUAAAAAUUUUUUGUUUGGACCGUAAUAAAGUGUUUCUAUCUUUAAAUAAAAUAUACAGCAAAAAAAAUCUUAUAAGAUCUCUGAUAUAUGUACGUUAAUAUCAGAUAUACACAGAUCAGUUAUAUGUACGAAUAAAAACAACAUUAAGAAAACA